AAUAAAAAGAGUUUAGUGAUAGAAAGAGAAAGUAUUUUUCAUUUUUGGUAUUCACAAACAAAGAAAGAAAGAUUGAAAAGAGUUUUUUCUCUUAUUUUGAAACAACAUCUAGAAAUUCGACACUUGUCCUUAAUUAAAAAUUUUCCUUAUUGGUUGUUGAAAGUGAGCUACAAUUGAUGCUGAUUGUCUGAUUUACAUGUAAGAAUAAAUUGGUGUUUUUUGAUGCUGUUUAUACAAGUAUUUGUUAUUGAAAUUUGUCAGAUUUGUAGAAAUAUCAAAUAGUUUCAAGUUAAAUUGUUAAUUUAGUGGAGAAAAUGGGGAGUAAUUGCAAUAUAAACUUUAGUGAUGGGGGUGCUGGAGGAAGUGGGAGACCACCAGGGUCUGGGAAUUUUGGGUUAACUAGACAAUCUUCAAUAUAUUCAUUAACAUUUGAUGAACUUCAGAAUACAUUAGGUGGGAUGGGGAAGGAUUUUGGGUCAAUGAAUAUGGAUGAAUUGUUAAAGAAUAUAUGGAGUGCUGAAGAAACACAGUCUAUGGCAACAGGAUCAGGAGCUGCAGCUAUGGCUGCAGCUGCUGCUGCUGUUGCGAACAUGGGUCAGGAUGUGGGGAAUUCGGGUGGGUAUUUGCAGCGACAGGGCUCGCUAACACUACCUAGAACACUUAGUCAGAAGACGGUUGAUGAGGUUUGGAAGGAUAUAGCGAGAGAAUUUAAUGGCGGAAAAGAUGGGGGAGGCGGGUCUAAUGUGCCUCAACGACAGCAAACGCUUGGGGAGAUUACUUUGGAGGAGUUCUUGGUGAGAGCUGGGGUUGUACGGGAAGAUGCUCAGGUAGUUGGGAAGUCUAAUAAUGUUCCUGGUGCUGGGAUUUUCGGAGAUUUUACUCAGCCGGAUCAUAAUCAUAGUAGUAGUAAUAGUGGGUUUGGGAUUAAUUUUCAACAACCUGGACGAGGUAUGGACUUGAUUGGUAAUCGAAUUUCUGAGACGAAUCAUCAGAUGUCGUCUUUGCAAUCAUCUAACUUGCCGUUGAAUGUUAAUGGGGUACGAACAUCACAGCAGCAGGCAGCGGAAGUGCAGCUAUCUCAGCAGCCGCCACAGCAGCAGCAGCAGCAGCAGCAACAACAGCAACAACCGUUGUUUCCUAAGAAGUCCACAGUUUCGUAUGGAUCUGCUAUAACACUGUCGAGUAAUAGUCCGUUAGGUAAUGCAGAAAUGAGGGGUGGUUUGGUGGGGCUAGCUGAUCCCGGGUUGAAUAGCAACUUGGUUCAAAGUGGAGCUUAUCAAGGGGGUGGUGGUUUGGGUAUGGUUGGGUUGGGAGGAGGUGGGGCUAUUGGUGUUCCUGCAGGAUCACCUGCAGCUUUGUCGUCUGAUGGGAUUGCAAGGAGUAAUGGGGAUUCUUCCUCUGUUUCACCUGUUCCAUACUUGUUUAAUGGCGGACUUAGAGGGAGACGAGGACUUGGUACUGUUGACAAAGUUGUCGAGAGGAGACAAAGGCGUAUGAUCAAGAAUAGAGAAUCUGCUGCACGAUCACGAGCACGAAAACAGGCCUAUACUAUGGAGUUGGAGCAAGAAGUUCAGAAACUAAAAGAGGAGAAUCAAGACUUGCGUAAGAAACAGGCCGAAAUCAUCGAAAUGCAGAAAAAUCAGGUGAUGGAGAUGAUGAACGCACAAUCUGGUCCUCGAAAAAAGCUUAGACGGACGCAGACUGGGCCGUGGUGAUCUGAAGGAGAUGUUCAAAAACUGUAGGUUUUUUGUAUAUAUUUUGUAGGAAAUGGAAGUUUUUCUGCUUACUGGAUAGUAGAUACUAGUUCAGGAAUGGAUUGUAUUUUAGGUUGAAAUUCUACACAUUUUUAUAGUUUCCUUUCUUGGUAAAUGGUAAACAUCAUCAGUUGUAGGAAACAAUUAUGAAGCGUGACAUGAAAUUAAUCCACCGUUAAACUAUUGGAUAUGUAUUUUUAGGAUGUGUCUAAUUUUUAUUUUUUUUUUAUUUCUUUUCUA